AUGCAGUCUUUCAUUUGCUUCAUCUCCAUAGCAGCCGCUUUAAUUGCUGUAACUUCCUCGGCUUCUGUAGCUGGAUAUUUGAACGAACCAGUUCCUGAAAAUAUUUUGGAAUCUUUGGUUGCAGCAAGCCAACUUAAGGCUCCCGAGGAAUUGGUUAGAUGGAAAAAAUCUGCUUAUGGAGGUGCACAACUUCAAGCUCCACCCUGCCCCAAGAAUUAUUUGUUUAGCUGUCAGUCGAGUGUAGCCCCUGUGCCAUGUGCUGCACCACCAGCACCAGCUCCAGCUAAGCCCAGCUAUGCCGGAGCCUAUUCCAUGCAAGUGCCAAGGUAUACCUACCCACAAGAAGCCUACAAUCAAGGUAUUCCACAGGAAUUACUAAUGCCAUCUAUUUAUGGCUAUAACCAACAAUAUUUGUAUUGA